AUGAUUGGUACUUCAAAAGUGUCUCAACAAAAAGGUCAAGUUGAUCCCGAAGAUCUAUUUCAACGACUUGAACAUAUUGGUCGUGGAUCAUUUGGAGAAGUUUAUAAAGGUAUAAAUAGAAAAUUAUCAAAUAUCAUUGCAAUUAAAAUAAUCGAUUUGGAAAAAUCUGAAGAUGAAAUCGAAGAUAUUCAACAAGAAAUUCAAGUACUUUCUCAAUGUAAUUCACCAUAUGUAACUAAAUAUUUUGGUUCUUAUUUAAAAGAAACUAAAUUAUGGAUUGUUAUGGAAUAUCUCGGUGGUGGUUCAGCAUUAGAUCUAAUGAAACCUGGUGUAUUUAAUGAAAAAUAUAUUGCAAUUAUUUUACGAGAAGUUCUUAAAGGUCUUGAAUAUUUACAUUGGGAAAAGAAAAUUCAUCGUGAUAUAAAAGCAGCUAAUAUUCUUCUUUCUGAACAUGGAGAUGUUAAAUUAGCAGAUUUUGGUGUUGCAAAACAAUUAACAGAAUCAAUUAAUAAAGGAUGUACUUUUGUUGGAACACCUUUUUGGAUGCCACCUGAAGUUAUUAUGCAACAUAAAUAUGAUUAUUCGGCAGAUAUAUGGUCACUUGGUAUAACAUCAAUUGAAUUAGGAAAAGGUGAACCACCUAAUUCUGAUUUACAUCCAAUGCGUGUUUUAUUACAAAUUCCAAAAAAUCCUCCACCACAAUUACCUGGAAAAGAUUAUUCAGAUGCUUUUAGAGAAUUUGUUGAAGCUUGUUUACAAAAAAAUCCUCAACAUAGACCAACAGCUACACAAUUACGUCGAUUUAAAUUUGUUUCAACAACAAAACCAACAAAAUAUUUAAUUGAAUUAAUAAUACGUUAUCAAAAUUGGAAAAAAAAACAUGAUCAUGAAGAAAAAUCUGAUAGUGGAUCAAGUUCAGAUGAAGAUCAAUCAAAACAUAAUUCAUCUCAAUGGGAAUAUGGAGGUGGAACUGUAAAAUCAUCUCUCAAUUAUGCUCAUUUACCCAAACAAUCGAUUGAAGUAAAUCCAUUAUUUAAAUCAAUAUUUGAUGAUCUUUCAAUUCGUUAUAAUAUUCCAUCUUCAAAUAAUAAUUUAACACAUAAUACGGAAAAUGGUGUUGAGUUAUUUGAAAAUUUACGACGUUUAUUUCUAAAUAAUGAUCGACAUUAUCCAAAUUUAUGUAAUGAUUUUAGUCGAAUUUUGUCUGAACAUAUAUCCAAAGCAAAUUAUAUUCCACGAACAUCAACAACUAUAAACGAUUCAACAACAGACACAAAUCAUGUUCAAAUAUCAUCAGGUGCUGUUAGAAUGUCUAUUUAA